UGGGUGAACUUUACCCCUGAGAUGGAAGCGCGUGUAUUUUGUUAUUGUUUACAGUGACUGAAAUUUGGAAAAAAUGUAUUUCUAACACAAUUUGUGAGUUUUCAGUUCUCUGAAUGUAUUUAAGACCAUAUCAGUUAUCAUUCGCCGGUUCGGUCAAACAACAUGACGUCCCUGCUUAUUUUAUCGAGACGUUUUAUGUUUGCUACGGUAAACAUAACAAAUAAUAGAUUAACUCUAUUCCAGGGAAAAGGUCUGUCAAGGACAUAUUAUGCCAGUCUGCAGGUCUCUGCUCUUCACCAGAAGCUGUGGCUGCUUUCACUCUGUCAGAGAACAUUUCACAAAUGCUGUGGAGAAAGAGGACUUUUCGGUGGGGGCCGAGACAAUGCCCAGAAGCAGCAGACCUUAGAGGACAUUGCGAAAAGCAUCAGAGAACGAGAGUGCAAAAGAGUAGUUGUGAUGGCUGGAGCAGGAAUCAGUACACCGAGUGGAAUUCCAGAUUUUAGGUCACCUGGAAGUGGUCUUUAUGACAACCUUCAACAGUAUAACCUACCAUAUGCUGAGGCCAUAUUUGAAAUUAAUUAUUUCCACCACAACCCUAAGCCUUUCUUUGCCUUGGCGAAGGAACUGUACCCUGGGAAUUACCUGCCGAAUCUGACUCAUUACUUCAUCCGGCUACUUCAUGACAAGGGGCAGCUACUCCGGAUGUAUACUCAAAACAUCGAUGGACUGGAGCGAAUGGCAGGUAUUCCACCUAAAAUGCUGGUGGAGGCGCACGGAACCUUCGCCACGGCAACCUGUACAGUUUGCCGCAGGGACUACAAGGGAGAAGAACUGCAUAGUGAUAUAAUGGCAGGAACGGUGCCUAAUUGCCCUCACUGUAAAGGGGUAAUUAAGCCUGACAUUGUGUUCUUUGGCGAAGAACUGCCUCAGCACUUUUUCCUAUACCUCACAGACUUCCCAAUGGCAGACUUGCUAAUUGUAAUGGGAACAUCUUUAGAGGUGGAGCCCUUUGCCAGCUUGGCUGGAGCAGUGAGGGGUUCUGUGCCCCGCCUUCUAAUAAAUCGUGAUCUGGUGGGGCCCUUUGCCUGGGGGCCUCCACGUAAAAAUGAUGUGGCAGAAAUAGGUGAUGUGGUCAGUGGAGUGAAGAAACUGGCAGAGGCCCUGGGUUGGAUGCCUGAACUGGAGGCUCUUAUGGCUGCUCAAGGACAGCAGGCUUCAAAGGACAGAGAGGAAUGACUGGUCAGUCAUGAGAGAUGAGCUUCAUUUCAUACAUCCUCCGAGACGUUUGGUCAUCUGCUGUGUGAUGUGUUGACUCAGUCAAGGCAGAACUUAGACACAGCACUCAUGGCUGUGUAAUGGUCAGGGUGUAGCUGGAGGACUGCAUUACACUAUGAGCCCUGUUGUGACCACAGUGCUCUGAGCCCCAGCUCACUGCAUUAGUCUUUUUUUGUUGCUGUAGUGGUUGUGUUCUAGGUUUCCUGAAGGUUAUUAGGGAAUACUUAAUGCAUAAUCAGCCAGAUACACGGUAUCCCUCAGGACUUUGGCUGUAGGGCCUUUUAAGGUUUUCCGGUAUCAGGGUAAGGAAAUGUUCUCUAUAAACUCUCUUAUCUAUUGAAUAUGUAAAGAAAACUAUGUAAUGCCAUUUAACUUAAAGUCAUUAAAGUAAUUUGUUUUAUUUUA